CCUCCUCGGCGUUGAUAGGAGGAGAUCUCUGCGGCGCCCUCUUCACGUUUGAAAGCAGUGAGGCGUUCGCGGACACUCCGGGAAAAGUUAUCUGUACACAGUGUGUGCGUGUACCAGGACGGCUGCUAGUUCACUGGUUACACCAAGGGCUAUCCGUGUGGAUGUCCACGUUGAACAAAGUGCAAGGUCCCCUCAGAGCUCAGAUACGAGCUGCGACCAGCUCCAGACAGCACCGCUCCUCUCUCCGCCUCUGCAGAGCACUCAGAUGUGCCUUUGCUUUUUUGCACUUUCAUUUUUUAUAAGCUAGUUUUUUUUUAUUAUUAGAGCGAACAUGUCGUGCCUGUUGCUGGGAGUAUUACGAAGACAUGGUGGUGUUGGGGCGAGUGUCGGGGUUCGGUCUCUGGCCUCCAUCCCCUCGCUGCCCCCGGCGGUGGCUGAGUUUGUGAAGGGAGCGGUGGAUGAGUGUAAACCUGCCGGUGUACAUGUGGUGACGGGGACGCCGCAGGAAACUGCCAACAUCCUGGCAGGUUUGGAGAAGGAGGGGAUGGUCAAGAGGCUUCACAAAUAUGAUAACUGUUGGUUGGCACGUACAGACCCAAAGGACGUGGCUCGGGUGGAAAGCAAGACUGUGAUUGUGACCAAGAGCCAGAGGGACACCAUCCCCAUCCCUGCUGGAGGGGCCAAGAGCCAGCUGGGCAGCUGGAUGAGCGAGUCUGACUGGCAGACAGCCAGACAGGAGCGUUUCCCGGGCUGCAUGGCAGGGCGGACCAUGUAUGUGAUUCCCUUCAGUAUGGGUCCUGUAGGCUCGCCUCUGACUAAAUAUGGAGUCCAGGUGACAGACUCGCCAUACGUCGUGGCCAGUAUGGGGAUCAUGACUCGUAUGGGCACACCUGUGCUGAACAAACUGUACGAAGGGGCGGAGUUUGUCAGCUGUCAGCACUCUCUGGGACGACCUUUACCACUCAAAGCCCCUCUAGUCAACUCGUGGCCCUGUAACCCAGAGAAGGUGCUGAUAUCUCACCUGCCAGACUCCAGGCAGAUCAUGUCCUUCGGCAGUGGCUACGGAGGGAACUCUCUCCUGGGGAAGAAGUGCUUUGCCCUCCGCAUCGCCUCGCGCAUCGCCAAGGACGAAGGCUGGCUGGCCGAACACAUGCUGAUUCUGGGUAUUACCAACCCUCAGGGAGUGAAGCGCUACGUGGCGGCGGCCUUCCCCAGUGCCUGUGGUAAAACCAACCUGGCCAUGAUGAAACCAGCUCUGCCAGGCUGGAAGGUUGAGUGUGUGGGCGACGACAUCGCGUGGAUGAAGUUCGACAGCCAAGGUAAACUGAGGGCCAUCAACCCGGAGAACGGUUUCUUCGGUGUGGCUCCCGGCACCUCGGACAAGACCAACCCCUACGCCAUGGCCACCAUCGGCAAAAACACGGUGUUCACCAACGUCGGUGAGACCAGCGAUGGAGGAGUGUGGUGGGAGGGCCUCGACCCCCCCGCAGCCGGGGUCACGCUCACAGACUGGCACGGCAAAACAUGGAAGCAAGGAAGCUCGACUCCGUGUGCCCACCCCAAUUCCCGCUUCUGUGCCCCGGCGGCUCAGUGUCCCAUCAUUGACCCCCAGUGGGAGAGUGAGGAGGGCGUCCCCAUUGACGCCAUCAUCUUCGGUGGCAGGAGACCAGAAGGAGUCCCUCUGGUGUACGAGUCUUUCAAUUGGCAACACGGAGUCUUUAUCGGAGCCUCCAUGAGGUCUGAGGCCACGGCAGCUGCUGAACAUAAAGGCAAGACGAUCAUGCACGACCCCUUCGCCAUGCGGCCCUUCUUCGGUUACAACUUUGGCGACUACCUGGCUCACUGGCUGAGCAUGCAGAGCCGAAAGGCGCCCACUCACCUGCCCAAGAUCUUCCACGUCAACUGGUUCAGAAAGGACCCCGCGACCGGCUCCUUCCUCUGGCCAGGCUUCGGCGAGAACGCCCGCGCACUGGAGUGGAUCUUCAGGCGCUGCAGCCGGGAGAGGGAGGACGAGGCGGCCAAGAAGAGCAUUAUCGGCUGGCUGCCAGAAGAUGGAGCCAUCGACACUAAAGGUCUGAGCAGCAGCGUGGACAUGGGCGCCCUGUUCGACGUGCCCAAGUCCUUCUGGCAGAACGAGACGAAGGAGUUGAGAGCCUACUUCACCCAGCAAGUUGGAGCUGAUCUGCCAGCUCAGGUGGAGGCUGAGCUGAAGGCACUGGAAGGCCGAGUGCACAAUUAAAAAUCCCACGGACCAGAAACAGGGAGGUAAUCACUGAUGACUCAGGAUUCAGAUCGUUAGGGUGCACUCGGGAGUCACUGGCUGGGUUUACAUACACAGAGAACUUAGUUCUGCAACCACAGUUUGGGUUUUAUCCAUGUAAACAUAAACACUGAGAUUGGAGAAGCAGGUUUAGAUUUCACUGUGGCUUAGAAACGUCCCCACUCCUCUUUGGGUUUCACAACAAAGGAUAUGUGCUGAAAUGAAGGUUUAAGAGAGUUCAAGUACUCACUGCUCCGUCAAAGAUGGUUUAUGCAGUUUUUUGUUUUUUUUCAAUCAUCAGUUGAAUUAAAAACUACGCCUCAAAAAGACCAAUAGCUAGGCCAGUAUUAACUUUCUCUGUGUGUGAAAACACAACCAGUGACUCUCGUCUUUCUCUUUUAUGAAGAGAUUUCUGUUAAGAACAAUGAUGUCAAAGAUAAAAAGCUAUUAAUCUACAAUGCAAUAACUUUGGACAUGACUUCCCACUAAUAACACUGGUGAGAGAGACUGGUGGUUUGUCUCAACAUGAAGGUUAGGUUUCUGUGUCGCUGUCAAACUUAUCAUAUAGAGAAGCUAAAGUCACUACCUCUAUUCACUCACAAGACCUGGCAUGGUACUAAAGCACAAUCAACACGGCCUUGUGGUGCCUUCGAGACGUUUAACAAUACAUCUGGGCUGCUAAUGUUUACAGGCUGAAGCUCAAAGAUCUUUUUUUGUACAGAGUUCUGACAAAAUACGUUUUAACAUAUUUUUCUCAUAAAAAGUUUAGGUUCAUUUUAGCACCAUAUCCUUAAAUACACUGUUGACUGGGUCUCAGGAAAUGCCCUUUUUACUUUGAAUUGAACUUUAUAUGCAAUUGAAUUUAUAUCAGAAGUCCAUUAAGUGCUCAGAACAUUGUAGAAGUCUUUUCAGAGGGGUUACCUAUGCAUAAUUCAUUUUGUGGCUUUUGUAAUGUUUGUGAUUAAGUUGUAUGAUUUCAGUUGAUGUUUACACACAAUAUGUGAAAUGUUGGACCAAUAAAUACGACUGAGAUUAAUAGGUAUGUUUAGAAGUUGUAUGCUAUGGUUUUUAUUUCAGUGCAAUGAUUAAAUAUCUACAAAUGGGGAGAA